AUGACAGAGCAGAGUGCCCCAACACUGGAGCAGAAACGUGAUCAGAAGGAGCACAGAGAGUCAGACCAACCUCAAGAGGCAGAGAGUGCUGUGACAACACAAGAGGCAGAGUGCAAUGUGAGAACACAAGAAGAGGAUCUCCCUGAGACCACAGAGAAGGGCAUGAAAUCCCCUGAUAUCACUGCAGAGCUGAAGAGCAGUUCAACCAAAGCGGCAGUGGAGCAGGUGAAGUCACCAGAUGAUUCUGGUGUAAAAACGACACAGGAUGACACAACAGUAGGAAGUAAAAUUCCAGACGGAAUUCCCAGCACAACAAGUGAGUGUAAGGAAGAGCCUGUGCCAAAGAAUCCUGAAAAGGAGGUGGGUCCGAAAGAGCCAAACGUGGGCAACAAGGAUGAUAGUGUAAAAAAGGUUGAGCUGAAUGAAUCAAAUGGCAGUGAAAAGUUCACAAAAGAUGUCUCAACAGCUGAGGAAAAAGUGAAAAAAUCUGAGACAUCCCCUAAACCAGACAAAACCGUCACCCCAAAAGAAGAAACAUCCCCUAAACCAGAUCCCACUGUCACCCCUAAAGAAAAAACAUCCCCUAAACAAGAUGCCACUGUCACCCCUAAAGAAGAAACAUCCCCUAAACCAGACCCCACUGUCACCCCUAAAGAAGGAACAUCCCCUAAACCAGACCCCACUGUAACCCCUAACAAGGAGACAUCCCCAACACCAGACCCCACUGUCACCCCUAAAGAAGAAACAUCCCCUAAACCAGAUCCCACUGUCACCCCUAAAGAGGAGACAUCCCCAAAACCAGACCCCACUGUCACCCUUAAAGAAGAAAUAUCCUCUAAACAAGACCCCUCUGUCACCCCUAAAGAGGAGACAUCCCCUAAACCAGACCCCACUGUAACCCCUAAAGAAGAAACAUCCCCUAAACCAGACCCCACUUUCACCCCUAAAAAGGAGACAUCCCCAAAACCAGACCCCACUGUCACCCCUAAAGAAGAAAUAUCCUCUAAACCAGACCCCAAUGUUGCCCCUAAAGAUGAAAUAUCUUCUAUACCAGACCCCACUGUCACCACUGAAGAAGAAACUUCCCCGAAACUAGACCCCACUACCCCACUACCAGACCCCACUGUCACCCCUAAAGAAGAAACAUCCCCUAAACCAGACCCCACUGUCACCCCUAAAGAGGAGACAUACCCUAAACCAGACCCCUCUGUCUACCCUAAAGAAGAAACAUCCCCUAAACCAGACCCUACUGUCACCCCAGAAUCAACAACCACCCAUAAACCAGGCUCAACUCUCACCCCAGAAUCAACGACCACCCCUAAACCAGACUCAACCCUCACCCCAGAAUCAACGACCACCCCUAAACCAGACUCAAUCCUCACCCCAGAAUCAACGACCACCCCUACAGAAGAGAGUGAAACGAUCAGCAGUGGUGACAAAGCUAAGACAAUCACACCACCAGAGAAACAGGUGUCUGCAGUUGCAGAGAGCAUGGAUUCACACAGGGAGGCGCCAGAGAGCAACACAACUCAGGAGAAACCAGAGGAAAGUAUUUCCAAAGAGCCUGAGAAGGUUACAGAUCCCAAAGAUGAAACCCCAAAGACAGAGAGCGUGAAGACCAAGUCCUCUGAGUUAAAACCUGAACAUGUGGAGAUAUCUAUUACAAAGACAUCUCCAGUGAAAGAACAGGAUGUAUCAGACGUAGGUUUGAAAGAGAAAACAGUUGAUGGGAAGAUAACAGAACAGGCGCAAUUUAAAAUAGACGAGAACGGCUUUACAGGAGGUGAUGGAGAGAGCAAAGAUGACAAAACUUUGAAGAAGACAACAGGACAAGAUGCUGAGCCAAUCGCAGAGAUGCAAGCUAAACCUAAAACUUGGGACUUAACCUCUUUUUAGAAUGACUCGAUUUAGAGGUCAGUAGAGGUUUUCUGUAAAACUGCAUGGUUAGUGCAAGCCUUUAAAGCAAUAUGAGCACUGCUCCACCUUAAAAAAUUAACUGACACUUAAUAUGUACAGUAUCAUGGUUGGUGACUGUCAAUUAUGAGGGACAGUUAAUGAACUCCUGUGAGAGAGAUGCACUUUAAUAUUGAAUGUAACAAAUCAAAAGCUGUAUUUUGCUGUAUCUAUUUACUUCUGCCCAAUGGAUGAUAAUGUGCAUAGGAAUGAUAAUGUGAAUGGUUGAUAAUGUGAUUUGAUCAUGCUUGAAUGUGCUG